CAUCAUCAUAUAUAUAUUCCUCAUAUUGGGUACCAUGAGCAGAUUUGCUGAAGUUCAGACCUUUAUUUGUAAAUAUAGAAACAUUAGCAGAAUUAAGGCGGGAUAAUGAGAUAUUAACAAAGAUAUUAAUAACGUCUAUAAACCAUUUUCUGUAAAAAUCAGCUAUAAGUUCAUACUUCAUACCCCUCUCUUUAUAAAACAAGAGCAAUCAACCACGCAAUUCCCAAAUUGAAAUUAAAAAACAUCAGAAAUCAAUUACGAUGUAUUCUUAAUAUGUUUUUACACUUAACAGCAGCAAUAAGAGUUGUAUAUUAAGUAUUGAAACUCGAAAUUACCUUAAUUUCGAGCUUCAAUCUGCAUAUUUUUCCUUGAAUCAGAUAUUUGGGGAGACGGUUUCUGAAGUUAUUUUUAUUGUUGAGAUUUGGGCGAUUGAAUCAUAGUAAUAAUAAUUAAUGGCGGAUCCUUACGGAAGCAGUGAUUCUGAAGAUAUUUCUUCGAUUCUUCAAAUUAUUCUCCACAGCUCGUCCUCGUCCGCCGCGGUCAAGGACAGCGCCGCCUCGGCUCCCGCUGGCGGCUUGUUCGGCGGCGGAGAGGCGCCGGUGCCGUCGGCGAAGUGUUCCUCCGGCGGAGAUUUCUUCGAUCCCAGAAGUUUCGUCGCCAAACAAACUGAAGAAUUUAACCCUUCUGCAAGUAUUGAACACUUGGGCUCCGGCUUCGAGGAAUCCGAAGCUUCUGUUUUUCGAACUAAUUCAAAUCCAGCGCGUUCUUCAAAGAGGAGUAGAGCAGCUGAAGUUCACAAUUUAUCAGAAAAGAGGAGGAGAAGUCGGAUAAACGAGAAGCUGAAAGCACUUCAGAGUUUGACGGAUAAGGCGUCAAUGUUAGAUGAUGCCAUAGAGUAUCUGAAGCAGCUGCAGUUACAAGUUCAGAUGCUAACUAUGAGAAAUGGAAUGAGUAUACAUCCAGGCUACACACUCGGAUCGCUACCAUCGACAUUAACGGGCCCACAAGAAGAAGAUCAUCUGGUUAAUGGGAAUUCAUUUCCAGAUUCAAACAAAGAGUCAAGCUCACUUUCCAAAGGCCAAGAUCUUCUUAUGCAAAACACAAUGGAGAAUAUCAAUCAAGGCCAUUCGACUCAGCAUAUCACUAACACUUCUAAUUCGGUCUUUCUACCGAGUAUUGCUUCAUCUAAUUUCGAGAACCAUUAUGGCCAUUUUCAUCAUUUGUCUGUCCCAAAGGGGGAAAAAAAAUGAUCGUUUGGGGUUCGAGUCGGGAAUAAUAAUGGUUUCAUUCUGACGACCGACAUUUUUUUUUUUUUUUUUU